AUUCCGUCAAAUCUUGUUUCUCAGCUGCGAGGCCGGGGCUGGAUAUCGCCGGGACGCCCAUUGUCUCUGCCCGAUAUCAUAGCGCUGCUCUCCUAAACCUUCCAAUUCAGUCAGGCCAUUGACCUUGGAGAUGCAGCCCUCUGUGGCAGCCCUGCGAGCCGCCCAGUCCAAGGGGCCGCUGAGCUUCCAGUCCCUGCCCGCACCAUUGCGGCCAUUGGUCCGGGCCUAUCUCCUGGGCUAUGCCUCUGCCGUGGCGCCUCGCCUGUUGACGCUGAUCCUUCAGUUCAUCUCCAAGAAGCGCAAGAGCGCGAAGAAAUAUCUAUCCGCCGAUAAAGAUGAGCGGUCCUUUAAGGAUUCUGCCUUUCGAAUCUUGCGCACCGGCCUAGAUCCACGACGAUUCCCUACGUUCUGUGCCGCCUUAGUAGGAGGUUCUACAUUGCUACAGGAACCUCUGCUCAAGAUCAUCAGCCGCGUUGCCACCCAGCUUGGUGCGGCGUCACAACUCAGACUAGCACGAUGGCUGGCUACUUUCAUAUCGGGAUGGCUCAGCCUCCAGCUUCUACAGUCUAAGCGGACACGCCCUUCAUUGGCAGACGCGGGUUUGGCAUCGGCACAGCAAGGUCUGGCCGAGGCUGCUCCCAACGGUUAUGGCGGUCGAACGCUUGACCUCACUCUCUUUGCUGUCACUCGCGCUGCCGAUGUCCUUGUUGGCGAGCUGUGGUCCCAGCACCGCUCUCGCCGCAAGGCUACGGAAAAGUGGACGGUGAUUGAGCAAAUCAUUUCCCGCCUCAUGGACCCGGCCGUGUUUGCUGCCUCUUCAGGCCUCAUCAUGUGGGCGUGGUUCUACUCACCAGACAGCCUGCCUCGCAGCUACAACAAGUGGAUCACAUCUGCUGCCUCUGUCGAUCUACGACUCAUCGAAGCUCUACGGCGAUGCAGAAACGGGGAGCUCAUCUACGGCAAGGAAACUGGCCAGGCGCCACUGCUGACGUCCGUGUGCGAAGACUACGGCCUACCAACAAAAUGGGGUGACCCCGUUACAGAAAUCCCUUUCCCCUGCGACCUCGUCCAUAUGGGGUGUGGUCCAUCAUGCGAAUAUCAUGCUAUAAGCCGCUUCCUUCGUUCUUGGAAAUGGUCUAUGCUCACCUACCUGCCCCUUGCCCUAGCCCUUCAACUGCGGAAUCCCAAACGGAUCGACCUGAUGAAAGCCAUCACCGGCUCUACCCGAUCAUCCACUUUUCUUGCAACCUUCAUCACCCUCUUUUACUACGGCGUGUGCCUAGGCCGCACCCGCCUCGGUCCCCGCAUCCUCGGCAAAGAUAUACCUUCCCGCCAGUGGAUCGAUGGAGGUCUCUGCGUCGGUACCGGAUGCUACCUCUGUGGAUGGAGCGUCUUCAUCGAGACUGCGGGCAGAAGGAAAGACAUGGCCUUGUUUGUGGCCCCAAGGGCGCUGGCGACGUUGGUCCCGCGUCGGUAUCCCCUAGAGAAGCAAUGGAGGGAGAAGUUAAUAUUUGCGGCGAGCACGGCAGUUGUAUUCACAUGUGCUCUGGAGAACCCGAAAAGAGUUAGAGGCGUAAUGGGAGGAUUGUUGAAUAUGGUAUUAAGGAAAUAAAGAGCAAGAAAUUAAAUGGUAGAGGAGUGUAUGGGGGUUUAUGAUACCGGACAACUGAGAUGCGCGCAUGAUUUUCUUUUUAUUUUAGCCCAUCUCUUUUUAUUUUAUUUACGUUUAGACGAGAUGCACAAGCAAACUCUUUGCUAAUGACUUGAAUGGAUAAUGUUAAUUUUCUAUUUUUGUAUUAUAAUGAAAUUGGUAGUCCAAAUCUUCCUUUCCUGCGAAUGAUCCAUUCCCGUAAACGAUGCUUCAUAAAAACUGUUGUGCUACAAUUCAUCCCAACCACCAAGAGACAACCCCGAGCACAAAAAUGCACGU